AUUGUUCUGCCCUCAUCGCGCCGAAUCGAUGGAGUCUGACGGCGAGGAGGAGGCGGCGGCGACGCCGACGCCGGGGACGGCCGCGGCGGCGCCGGCGGCGGGGCGGCUGAAGGGCUGCCCGGAGCUGACGGUGGAGGGCGACAUGCGGGAGAUGGCCAAGACGGCCGCCUGGAGCGUCAGCUCCUGCAAGCCCGGCAACGGCGUCGCCUCCCUCCGCGACGACAGCCUCGACACCUACUGGCAGUCGGACGGCGCGCAGCCGCACCUGGUCAACAUCCAGUUCCAGAAGAAGGUGCAGCUGCAGCUUGUUGCGCUCUACGUCGAUUUCAAGCUGGACGAGAGCUACACGCCGAGCAAGAUCUCCAUCCGGGCCGGUGAUGGCUUCCACAAUCUCAAGGAAAUUAAAACGGUGGACCUUUUGAAGCCAGUAGGAUGGGUUCAUAUAUCAUUAUCUGGCACUGAUCCCCGAGAAACAUUCGUUCAUACAUUUAUGCUCCAAAUCGCGGUGUUGGCCAAUCACCUGAACGGGAGGGACACUCAUGUCCGACAGAUCAAGAUAUACGGGCCACGACCGAACCCCGUACCCCGCCAGCCUUUCCACGUCACCUCCAGGGAAUUCAUCAUGUACUCCACCAUCAGGUGACAAUCCAUGAACCCUUGUCACGAUCGGAGCCAAGGUGCGGACCUUGAUCGUGGCCCCCCGCGCUGUAUCCCGCCGUAACGAAUGAACACUGACAUUGGGAUUAAGUAGCUGCUGAAGUAUCCAGCCUGUAUGAACAUGUAGUGUCGGUUGAGCUGAUGCUGAAGCAUCGGAGUGUAUGUGUGAACAUUUACCA